AGGGCCGGCGGCCCGGGGGGCUGAGGCGCCCGCCGCCUGCCGCGAGGCCGCGCGCGUCCUCCAUGGAGGCCGGAGAGGAGCCGCUGCUGCUGGCCGAACUCAAGCCCGGGCGCCCCCACCAAUUUGAUUGGAAGUCUAGCUGUGAAACGUGGAGCGUUGCCUUCUCCCCGGAUGGGUCCUGGUUCGCCUGGUCUCAAGGACACUGCAUUGUGAAGCUGAUCCCCUGGCCGCUGGAGGAGCAGUUCAUCCCUAAAGGGUUCGAAGCCAAAAGCCGAAGCAGCAAAAAUGAGACAAAAGGGCGAGGCAGCCCAAAGGAGAAGACACUGGACUGUGGGCAGAUUGUCUGGGGCUUGGCCUUCAGCCCAUGGCCUUCUCCACCCAGCAAGAAACUCUGGGCUCGCCACCAUCCGCAGGUGCCAGACGUCUCUUGCCUGAUCCUUGCUACUGGACUCAAUGAUGGGCAGAUCAAGAUUUGGGAGGUACAGACAGGGCUCCUGCUUUUGAAUCUUUCCGGCCACCAGGAUGUCGUGAGAGAUCUGAGCUUCACACCCAGUGGCAGUUUGAUAUUGGUUUCUGCAUCUCGGGAUAAGACUCUUCGCAUCUGGGACCUGAAUAAACAUGGUAAACAGAUUCAGGUGUUAUCGGGCCACCUGCAGUGGGUUUACUGCUGCUCCAUCUCACCAGACUGCAGCAUGCUAUGUUCCGCGGCCGGAGAGAAAUCGGUCUUUCUGUGGAGCAUGCGUUCCUACACAUUAAUCCGGAAGCUAGAGGGCCACCAGAGCAGCGUGGUGUCUUGUGACUUCUCCCCCGACUCUGCCUUGCUUGUCACGGCUUCUUAUGAUACCAAUGUGAUCAUGUGGGACCCCUACACCGGCGAGCGGCUGCGAUCACUCCACCACACCCAGCUCAACCCCCCCAUGGAUGACAGUGACGUCCACAUCAGCUCCCUGAGAUCUGUGUGCUUCUCCCCCGAAGGCUUGUACCUCGCCACGGUGGCAGAUGACAGGCUCCUCAGGAUCUGGGCCCUGGAAUUGAAGACUCCGAUUGCGUUUGCUCCUAUGACCAAUGGUCUUUGCUGCACAUUUUUUCCACAUGGUGGAGUUAUUGCCACAGGGACAAGGGAUGGCCACGUCCAGUUCUGGACGGCUCCUCGGGUCCUGUCAUCACUGAAGCACUUAUGCCGGAAAGCCCUUCGAAGUUUCCUCACAACAUACCAAGUGCUAGCACUGCCAAUCCCCAAGAAAAUGAAAGAGUUCCUCACGUACAGGACUUUCUAAGCCAGUCUCCGUAGUCUUACUUGUGUUCUUCGUAGCAGGAUAAAUCUUCCCGACAAAGGAGUAGGUGGAAUAAUGGGCCAAACAUCUGGCCUUGGGUUGAAAUACAAUUUCUCUUUGGGAAGCUGUGAACAGAAUGUAGCAAAGCCAGAUUCCAGUGGAGCCGCCAGGGUCUCUUCCCCAGGACACACGAGUGUCAGUCAUAGAAGAGGGACAGUGAUGGAGCCUGACCUUUCCCUACUUACGCACAGCCGCGUUGGGCCCUCUGGUCAUUUUGAUUCCAAGUGCAGUUAAGGAGUUGUUUCACUGAGAGGAGCGCCUGGGCCUCACGCCUCUGUGGCAGCAGGGAAGUUCCCACUCCCUUGACUGGAGUGUGGCUUCUGCUAAGUGUCUGUCACUGAUCCAGAUGCAGAAGAGGCCUUGGUGAAGUUCUGUCCUGCUGGUCAGAGCGGCUCUGGUGUGAGCAAGGGCUCUCCUUCCCCCCGCUCCCCUGUGGCCCGCAGGACAGGUGUCGUAGAGAUGUCUGGUGGGAGGCAUUCCUCAGCUCAAGUCCAGGUGACUCAAGAGGCCAUGCUCCUGAUAGACACUAGACUUGGCUUUUUUUUUUAAAUAAUGGUGUGCAUGUGCCAGAGGCGACAAAUUUGUGUGUCAGGUUAUACAGAACGUAUUCCUCAAAUGCAUGACUGUUCCAGUGGCUACUGAGUUAUCUGUCAGUUGUUUGCAGUUAGCAUAUUUAUUUGUAUUUCCUCAACAGAUGUUAAGGUACAGCUGUGUGUUUUUCAAUGGUAUCUAAAAACCAUAGUACUCAAUUCCAACAGUUGUGAAGAUGUCUCUUCUUAAUUGUGUGAAGAAUUGGUGUUGUCAUCAUUUCAGCUGAUUUUCUUCUGUACGAGAUCUGACUUGACUGCUUCAACUCAUUGGACUCAUCAGCCAGUCUCAACUCUGCCCCUAAACACAACUAGCUCCUUAAAAGUAUUGUUCUCCUUCAGUGGUGUAGAGUUAUCUAAUCAAGACACCUCAUUCAAACAAAA